UUAAAUCUUAAUUAGUAGUACUACGUAGGUAGUAUAAGAAUGUGGGCCUAAGUUUGAGGUGGGAGUGUGGGAGUAGGACUGGGGCAGAGCACAAAAUAACAUAAAACCAAAGAAGUUCGGAUCUAUGGGCACGUUGGCUGUAGAAGUGUAGAUCGAAUCAGAUCAAUAAUUGGACGGUCAAGCUUUCAAUCGGUCCUUUAUGUCUCCUUUCUUCUUCUACUGAUUGCUUCCGUGUAUAUUCAAUGCUCAAAUCUCGGAACUUUUACAAUUUAAUUUAUUUUUUCUCCCCAUCAUCUGCUCUGUAGUCUUCUACUCCAGCCAUAUCGAUCUGUCCCCUUAGAUUAUGAGCAAUUUUUCACUUUAAUCGUCUUCGUAUGCUGCAAUCUAGUGUAUAUGCCCUGGGAACCUUUUUCUGCAAAGAGUUUCCUUUUGCCCUUAUGAAGUGGUCAGGUUUUGUUGAACUCUUGGAUCUCUCCUCUUUCGGUGGGAAACUGAUAUAGGACUCAUUGCUGUGCAGUUCAGACUUGUCAGGAUUCUGUCAGAAUAGUUGAAAAUAAAAAUGAACGGGGCUGUACUAGUGGCGAUUGCAGCCACAAUUGGGAACUUUUUGCAAGGUUGGGAUAAUGCCACAAUUGCAGGAGCUGUUGUAUACUUAAAGAAGGAACUUGCUUUGGAGACAUAUAUGGAAGGACUUGUUGUAGCCAUGUCUCUGAUUGGAGCGACACUUAUCACAACCUGUUCUGGAUCCGUAGCAGACAGGCUUGGUCGACGGCCAAUGCUUAUUCUCUCAUCAAUCUUGUAUUUCCUAAGUGGUUUGAUAAUGUUGUGGUCACCUAAUGUUUAUGUAUUACUAUUAGCGAGGCUAUUGGAUGGUUUUGGAAUUGGAUUGGCAGUUACCCUAGUGCCACUCUACAUAUCUGAGACAGCUCCAUCAGAAAUAAGAGGAUUACUGAAUACUCUUCCCCAGUUCACUGGUUCGGGUGGAAUGUUUUUGUCAUAUUGUAUGAUUUUUGGAAUGUCAUUGAUGACAGCACCAAGCUGGAGAUUGAUGCUUGGGGUUCUUUCAAUCCCAUCACUUGCUUAUUUUGCGCUAGCAGUGUUUUAUUUGCCUGAGUCUCCUCGCUGGCUUGUAAGCAAAGGAAGGAUGGUGGAAGCAAAACAAGUCCUGCAGCAAUUGCGUGGCAGAGAAGAUGUCUCAGGAGAGAUGGCCUUGCUUGUUGAAGGUCUUGCUGUUGGUGGCGAGACAUCUAUAGAGGAAUAUAUCAUUGGUCCAGCUGAUGAGCUGGGAGAAGAUCAGGACCUAGCAGCUGACAAGGAUCAUAUCAAGCUGUACGGACCUGAGGCUGGUCUGUCAUGGAUUGCCAAACCAGUUACUGGACAGAGCAGUAUCGGGCUUGUAUCCAGGCAAGGAAGCAUGGCAAACCCAAGUGGUGUCCCUCUUAUGGAUCCCCUUGUGACUCUCUUUGGCAGUGUUCAUGAGAAGUUCCCGGAAACAGGAAGCAUGCGUAGUAUGCUGUUCCCUAAUUUUGGCAGCAUGAUAAGCACAGCAGAGCAUGGGAAAAAUGAACAGUGGGAUGAAGAAAGUCUACAAAGGGAAGGCGAGGAGGAUUACACAUCAGAUGCUGCUGUGGAUGCAGCAGACUCAGAUGACAACUUGCAUAGUCCAUUAAUCUCACGGCAAGCGACAACUACAGAGAAGGAUAUUGUCCCUCCCACAUCUCAUGGAAGCAGUCUGAGUAUGAGACGCCAUAGCACCCUUGUACAAGGAGAAGCAGGUGGCGGCAUGGGCAUUGGUGGUGGCUGGCAGCUUGCAUGGAAGUGGUCUGAAAGAGACGGGGAGGAUGGGAAGAAAGAAGGAGGUUACAAAAGGAUUUAUUUACACCAGGAAGGCGGCGUCCCUGGUUCUUCUCAGCGUGGCUCCCUUCUUUCACUUCCCGGAGGUGGUGAUGCUCCUACCGAAGGUUGCGAGUACAUACAUGCUGCUGCUUUAGUGAGUCAGAGUGUUCUUUAUUCGAACGAAGUCAUGGAUCAGCAGCAUCCAGAUGGACCUGCAAUGGUUCUUCCCUCAGAGAUUGCUCCAAAGGAGGGGCCUGGAUGGGCUGCUCUUCUUGAACCAGGAGUCAAGCGUGCACUAAUAGUUGGCAUUGGGCUUCAAAUUCUGCAGCAGUUUUCUGGUAUCAAUGGGGUGAUGUAUUAUACCCCUCAAAUUCUUGAGCAGGCUGGUGUUUCUGUUAUCCUUUCUAACCUAGGCCUAGGAUCAGAUUCCGCAUCAUUCCUUAUCAGUGGUUUUACGAACCUUCUAAUGCUUCCUUCUAUAGCUGUUGCUAUGCGGUUCAUGGACGUUUCGGGUAGAAGGACGCUGCUGCUUUCUACAAUCCCCGUUUUGGUAAUUUCUCUCAUCGUACUUGUUAUCGGUAAUGUUGUUGACCUUGGCACCAUGGCUCAUGCCAUCCUCUCCACCAUCUGUGUAAUUCUCUACUUCUGCUGCUUUGUGAUGGGCUAUGGACCAAUCCCAAAUAUCAUGUGUGCGGAAAUCUUCCCUACAAGGGUCCGUGGCCUUUGCAUUGCGAUUUGCGCUCUAGCUUUUUGGAUAUGUGACGUCAUUGUUACCUAUACAUUGCCAGUGAUGCUCAGUUCAAUAGGGUUAGCCGGGGUAUUUGGUAUUUAUGCUGUAGUAUGUGUUAUUUCCUGGUUUUUCGUCUUCCUGAGGGUUCCAGAAACCAAAGGCAUGCCCCUUGAGGUCAUUACAGAAUUUUUUGCUGUUGGUGCAAAACAAGCAGAAAUGACCAAAGAUUGAAUUGUGAGUCCUCUCUCAAUGCAAACAAUUAGAAUUCCAUUCAUGGAGUUUCUGUAUUGUUGUACUUUAGUGUUAUUUAUAUUUGUUAUUAAUAAAGUUGCAGUGUUUGUGUAAAUCUUUAAGUAGUUACCCAUCCAUUUAUUGAUUAUAUUGCCUUUUUGGAUUGUAUCAUUUUUAAUGUUCUUUAGAAAUUGAUGCUAUAGCUAUGUUUUGCUAGCUAACUAACAAAAGAAUGUCCACCAUCUGUGUAAAAAACCCA